AUGUUCAGGCUGACCAGUUCCCCGCGGAAGGUUUUUCAAUUGGCAUUGAGGUAUGCUCGAGUGGAACGGUUUCAUGGCAAUGUGUUGUGCGCGAACAAAUCGAUGUCCAUAGUAGGAAGAAAUACAAGCAAAGUACGGAGCACAACUACAACGACACAGACGCCAAAAAACGAUCUUAUCAAGACUUUAUCGGAACAAUUGAUCUUGGAGACACAUCUGAAUUUGCAUAAACCGACACGCGCGGAAAACCAAAUGGAUACGAUGCAAAUAUACCGUCGGCUGACUCAAAAUAAAGGUGCCCCCGCGUUCAACAGGGCACAAAGUCUUCUGCUAUUGGAUAUCAUCCGAGACUUGCUCAACGACAACUUCUACAACGAUUACAACGAUAAGUUCUUGAGAGACUUCGAGAUCGACAAGCAACUGCACCUUUACCAUUCGUUGGAGAGCGAAAUCCACUACAUCAUCGACAAGUCGCGAUCCACAGAACUAAACAGGAAUCACCUGCAGCUCAUGAGACUGCAAAGGGACCUGGGGACCACGGUGGACGAGAUCAACGAGCUGAUCAUCGACUCGUUCGACAAGGACGCGAAACUGGAACUAAACCAACAGAAAAGCGAUAACACGCUACUGUACAACAGAAUCAAUUUGAACUUGAACGAUUGCACAAACAAGAUUACCGUGAAGAUCGUGUCUGGGAUCAAGUCCGAGAUUGAAAACCUGCGGUGGCAGACCACCCGAAGCGGACUGCUCGCCAUCAUCAUACUGGCGUCACUGCUCCUCACCGGGGUCGUAGUUUCGAACAAGAAGUCUCGAACGGACUCGCAAGAUAGCGAUGGAAAUGAAGUGGAUAACGAUGUAGACAUUAUUAUAUAG